AUGGAUGCCAUCCUUUUUAUGCACGAGAAGCCUAUGGUAGAGUUCCUACGAUCAAAUAUGGAGGAGAUUGUGAGUGCUAUCCACCGGAACAGUGUGGUGGUGAUUUGUGGCGAGACCGGAUCUGGGAAGACCACACAGGUUCCCCAGUUCAUCUUCGAAGACUACAUUCGGGGAGGCCAAGGCUCCAGAUGCAACAUCGUGGUCACCCAGCCAAGGAGGAUUGCAGCCAUCUCCAUGGCCAAGCGGGUGGCUCUCGAACGGGACGAAGAGCUGGGAGACACCGUCGGAUACCAAGUCCGCCUCACUAAGCAGCUGCUGACGAGCCGUGGCGGCAUACUCUUCUGUACAGUGGGUAUCCUGCUGCGGCACUUGCAGCAGAACGUUGGACUGCAAGGGGUGUCACACAUCAUUGUCGACGAGGUCCAUGAGCGUGAUGUGUGUACUGACUUCCUGCUCGUGCUCCUUCGAGAGGUGCUCUCCAUGAACAGCACACUGAAGGUCAUUCUGAUGAGCGCAACAAUCAACGCAGAAAAAUUUUCGGAGUACUUCGACGGUGCACCUGUCAUCAUGGUACCGGGCAAGACACACCCAGUCACACAGUACUUUCUGGACGACAUCAUUUCAGAAAACAUUGUGACUGCAGAAGCGUUGGAAAAGUGUGGUUCUGAUCCAGUCCGGAUCGUUCCCGAUGUUUUGACAUACAUCAUGGAGAUGAAGCCAGCCGGAGCAAUUCUUUGCUUCCUGCCCGGGUGGAACGAGAUCAACAAGGUGCGAGCAGAGCUCUGCAGGCGAGCUCCAUCGAAGUUCCACGACUGGAUUCUGCCGCUGCACUCGCGUCUGCGAUACCAGGACCAGCAGAAGAUCUUUGCAAAUCCUCCUGCAGAUGUGCGCAAAGUGAUUCUGGCCACCAACAUAGCCGAGACGUCCAUCACCGUCGACGACGUGGUGUACGUCGUGGACACUGGUCUUCAUAGAGAGCAGCGCUUCAACCCGUCUACGGGUGUGAGCCUGCUCGGCACGUUCCCCACAUCGAAGGCCAGUGUCCAGCAGCGAGCAGGCCGCGCGGGUCGUGUGCAGCCUGGGGAGUCGUACCACCUGUUCACGCAGGAUGAGUUCCUCACCUGGGACCAGUUCAAGCGUCCCGAAAUACAGACCACUGACCUAACAAGGGUGGUCCUUGACUCCAAACUGUUCUGCCCAUCGAUGUCCGUGGAGGACGUGCUGUCGUUCGCUCCAGACCCACCGGCUCCAGAGAUGAUCGCAAAGGCCAUCAAGGACCUUCAGGCCAUGGGCCUGAUGGAUGCGAAUGCGGAGCUCACAGACCUGGGACACCAUGUUGUACAUUUCACAACAGCACCACAGCUGGCCAAAGCUGUCAUGUUUGGUGCGCUGCUUGGGUGCCUGGACAGCGUGGUCUCCAUUGUUGUACUCCUGUCAGAAUCAUCUAACCUUUUUACCACCAGAAGCGUGGGUGGUGACCGUGGCAGUAGCCAGCAGAUAAAACGCGUCUAUGACCCGACUGGCAGAAGCGAUCACUCCGCGUUGUCACAAAUUUUUCAUCGCUGGAACCAGAUGAUGCGGGGAGCGGAGCAGCAGUCCUUCUGCCUGCGCAACGAGCUCAACCCCUUCUGCCUAGAGCUCGGCAAAGGCAUGGGUGACGAGCUUGUCAUUACUCUCAACCGAGUGCUGGCAAAUGGCGGAGAGGCCUCGUCCGAGCAGCCCGUCAGGAGGGAGUGGGGCCUAGGCCUCAACAGCCGCCUCCAUCACGAGGAGCUGGUAUUGGCAGCUUUGACGGCCGGGUUCUACCCCAACGUGCUUAGAGUGCUGCGGGGGAAGAUCAAGAAGAACCAGAUCAUCCGAAAAGGUGUCGAGUUUGCCUGCCUGGACCAGAAGCUGGCUGCAGUCUCGGAGGACUCCCUCCUGCACAGAGUGCCACCUGAGUAUGAGCACCCAUGGCUGGUUUACUACAGCGCCUUGCAGCCCUCCGAGUACCAGCAGACGACUGUGUACGACUGCAGCAUGGUCACGUCGCUCCACCUGCUGUUCUUUGCCGGCCUUGGGGUACACAUCAUGGAGGACUACGUCUUCGAUGCAAGUGCUAAGGCGCCUUCGAAAACCGAUCGGGGCUGCUUGCUCAUCGAUGAGCAACGACUGCUGGCCUUCCGGUGCUCCGAGCAAGAUGCAGACCUCAUCUGGCGUUGGCGCCGGAUGCUGGACUAUAUGAUUGAUCUGCAUCUUUCAAUGCAUCAGUCCGCCGAGCUUAGUUCCGAAGAGGCGUUCCUGCGGCGGGUACUCUGGCCGAAGAUUGUGGAUGCCACGUCCAGUCUCCUGUCUCACCUUUCGACGGGGAAGCCAUGACGGAGUUUGGAAAUGACAGCAAGGUGGUGCUUUGCCUGUCAGCUCAAUCAUCGUUGGACCAAGAUUUCAAAGCACUUGACGGCAUAACCACUGAACAUAUGGCGCAAGAAGUCUUCCAGAGUGCUGUAGACUGGGCACUG